AUGAUUAAGUACUUUAUCUUAUUUCUUAAAAAGAUUGACCAUAUUAUAUGUAUACAACAGGUCAACGAUGUUGAGAUCAGUAUACACUCACUUGGUAACAAGUGGCAGGUUGCUACAGCAACAACAUCAAUGUCUUCCACAUCAACAACAUCACAACAACAACAACAACAUGAUAUUGGUAUCAAAGUAGAGCGAUCACAUACAUGUGGACAACUAUCGAUCAUUGAUGUGGACAAGAGAGUUGUACUAUAUGGUUGGGUGUCAUCACUGAGAAGACAUGGCGAGUUUGUGUUCAUCGUCAUCAGGGAUGCACAUGGCACCACACAGGCAUUCUGCCCCAUUGGCCCAGACUCUACACUUCAGUUCACAUCCAAUGUGCCAGACAUGCAGAUUCAAUCAAUCGAUGAGAUCAAGUCAUUGCGUCUCGAGAGCGUCGUACGCAUUGAGGGCGUGGUCAGCGCGCGACCCGACAACAUGAGGAACAAGAACAUGGCCACAGGUGACAUCGAGAUCAAUGUGGACCGCGUGUGUCUGCUCAACGCCUGCAAGGAGUUGCCAUUCACCAUCGAGCACGACGCCGAGAAGGUGACCGAGGAGGUGCGUCUCAAGUACAGAUACGUCGAUCUGCGUCGUCCCAACGUCCAGUCAAACAUCCGUCUGCGCUCCAAGGUGGCAAUGGCCGCGCGUCAAUUCCUCGUCUCGCAACAGUUUGUCGAGGUGGAGACGCCCACCCUGUUCCGACCCACGCCUGAGGGUGCCCGCGAGUACCUCGUGCCCACUCGCAUGAAGGGUCAGUUCUACAGUCUGCCCCAGUCGCCACAGCAGUACAAACAGCUGCUGAUGGUUGGUGGUCUUGAUCGCUACUUCCAAUUAGCGCGAUGCUACCGGGAUGAGGACUUGCGCGCGGACCGUCAGCCCGAGUUCACUCAGAUCGAUAUGGAGAUGUCGUUCAUCAACUGUGAGAUGGUCUAUAAGAUCAUCGAGGGGCUGCUCAAGGCUAUGUGGAAGGAGGCUGGCUACGACAUCCCGACGCCAUUCCCUCACCUCACAUACAAGCAUGUGUUGUCCACGUAUGGAGUGGAUAAACCAGACACUAGAUAUGGAUUGGAAUUGAUUGACAUCACUGAUGUGUUCUCAAAGGAUACUGGCAUUGGCAUAUUCAACAAAAUACUGAACCAGCCUCCAAGAAGCACGUUUGAGGAGGCUCAACAUGUGAUCAAAUGUAUAAAGUUACCCAAGGUCCUCACUGGCUUCUCAUCAAAAGAUGUCGAUCACAUCCAAAAUGAAGCAAAGGUCAUCGUUCCAGACUCACCAGGCCUGAUUACGAUCAGAGUUGGAUCAAAGGAGUGGAAGUCAAUGAUUAGCAAGUCAAUCAGUGAGAGUGAGAGGGAGACCCUGACGAGGAGAUUGGAGCUGGAGGAGAAUGAUUUGGUGUUGGUGGCUGCUGGUCCAAGAUGUGUGGUCGAGCCAUUGUUGGGCAAGGUCCGCAUACUUAGUGCGACAAUGAUGAAGGAGCGCGGCCUGUUGACGAUCGAUCCAAAACAGUUCAACUUCCUCUGGGUCGUGGACUUCCCCCUGUUCACGCCAUCCGACUACCUAGACGACAAUUCCCCGCUGCAAUCCACUCAUCAUCCAUUCACGGCGCCACACCCCGACGACAUGUCCACACUGCUCAAGGGCGAGAAGCCCUCGGACUUUGAAAACAUCCGCGGUCUGCACUAUGACAUCGUGCUGAAUGGUGUCGAGCUGGGCGGUGGCUCCAUCCGAAUCCACAACAACGAGACACAGAUGCGCGUGUUGGAAAAGGUGCUCAAGUUGGAGCCACAUCUCGUGCAUCGCUUCGAUCAUCUCCUGUCCGCGCUGUCCAUGGGCUGUCCGCCGCACGGCGGUAUCGCACUUGGAUUCGACCGACUCAUGUCACUCCUAGUUGGCUCGCCCUCCAUCCGUGACGUUAUCGCAUUCCCCAAGACAUCAGGUGGUCGUGAACUAAUGACCAGUUCACCAUCAAACGUGACCACACAAGAGUUGACCGAGCUUGGAUUGAAGGAAUUGUGA